GUCUGACGCUUUCGCACGCACAGCUCGCCCCUCCCUCCCGUCAAACAGUCACGCGUGCGCGUUCUCGAGUGGCUCUACUGAGCUGGUAAAGUGACAUUGAAAGAGUUAAGGAGCACCUGCCCCAAAGAAAGAGGAAUAUGGCAGAGAACAUUCAGGAAAAGCUGACUAAUUAUCGCACAGCUCCUUUUGAUGCAAGGUUCCCCAAUCAGAACCAGACCAGGAACUGCUGGCAGAAUUAUUUAGACUACCACCGAUGCCAGAAGGCCUUAACUGCUAAAGGAGCUGAUGUAACCCCCUGUGAUUGGUACCAACGAGUAUACAAGUCUUUGUGCCCUAUAUCAUGGACAGCCAAGUGGGAUGAUCAAAGGGACGAUGGAACAUUCCCUGGAAAAAUAUGAAUUUUAUGGCACUUGAUUUCCUACACCAUAAAAGGACACCCCCAAGAUGACGGAUGGCCUUCCGAAUCACCCAUCUGUUUGCUUUAAACUGUCUCUCGAGUGACAGAUGCGCUUUAUGGUAACUGUGGUCUUUAUGUGUACUGUUCAGUCAGUAAAUCCUCCUAAAUUAA